UCUCAACUCUCUCUCUCUCUGGGUAUUUCCAAACAAAGCUCUCUCUCAUGGCAAAUAUUCAUUUCAUAGAUUGCAUAAAACCUCACUUUCUUCCUCUCUCUCUAUUUUUCACCACAUCACUCCUUCAAAUUCCUAAAUUGGUUCUUGGGCAUGUGGGAUUUUUCUUUGGAGAAAGAGGGAGAAAUGGAUCCUAAAGGCAUGGGUAACACGAACAACAACAACUCUCCAUACGAUGACGAGAACUCUCCACCGGCCAAGAGAACUUGCACUUCUCUUCCGAUUAGGUACAAAGGGAAGUGAUGAAUGCCUUUCACACUCACUUUCCCCCUCAUCUUCUAGAAUCACUAAGAGAAAGGAAAGAGACAAGAGAAGCAGUAAUUAAGAAGGGUGGAAUGGAGAAGUACAAGUUAGUGUAUUGCAAUGAACCAGCCUCCAUCAUUUUCACAAACAAUGAUAUAAAAGCUGAAAAUGGCGAGCCUUUGAAAGUUGUCAUUUUAGAUACCACAACCAAUGCCAUUAUCUGCACUGGCCUUCUCUCAUCAGCCAAGCUUGAGUUCUUCCUUCUCGACGGCGAUUACGGCGUCUCUACCGGCCAACAACAACAUCAUCCUUUGUCUCCAAGAGAUGGCAAAAGGCCUUUAUUGCUUGGAAAUGAUCUCAACCUCAAUUUGCAAAAUGGUGUUGCUACCAUUCACUCUUUGUCCAUCACUGACAACUCUAGUUGGAUCAAAUCCAAGAAGUUCUGUUUGGGAGUCAAGAUUAGAGAUGACAAAAUUCUACCCAUGUUUGAUGAUCCAACAAUUCCUCUAGCUGUCUCCCAACCUUUUAGAGUCAUGGAUCAUCGCGGAGAAGUGAACAAGAAGCAUCAUCCUCCGAGCAGAGAAGAUGAAUUAUGGCGAUUGGAAGGAAUUGGAAAAGAUGGUGCAUAUCACAAAAACUUAUGUUCCCAUAACAUCAAAACUGUGGGCGACUUCUUGAAGGCAUACCAGGAAAUGGGUCCUACCUCUUUGAAAAAGUUGCUUGGCAUCAAAGUCCCAAAGAAAACAUGGUUGAUGAUGGUUGCUAAUGCUAAGGAGUGUGUCAAUCCUCCUAGUUGUGAACAAACCUCAAAGGUAAAUGAGUGGGCAUAUAAAAUUAUGGGAGAUGAAUCACCUUUCAAUCAAGGCCAUGAAGAUUAUGAGCAAAAGAAUAAUUUAGGUUAUGGUAGCUCUCAAAUUCCUAGGAUGGACUUUGUUGAAGAUUUUGCAUAUGGGCAACUUGGUCAUGGAGGUUUCUCGCCAUGGGUUACUGUGGAAGCACUCACAUCCAACAUUAUCAACGACUUUGGACCAAGUUAGCAUCCUCAAAAAAUUCACAUCGAAAGUAAAAUAUGAAGGAUUCUAUUUCAUGAACUCAAUAUCUUAGAAGAAGAAGAAAGGAAGGGGAAAAAAAGUAGUUUUUGUUUUAACUUUAAAGUUGUUUUCUAUUACACUUUUAGUUUUUGUUUGCCAUAUAUAUAUAUGAAUAUUAUUACUUUUGCAUC